CUGUCAACCUCAAGUAAAGAUGAUGCACCGUCGCGAGUUGAUGAAAGUCAAUUUUGGGCCGUACCCUCGUCUCGUAGGCCCAAUCCUGCUAUAGACUCGCAUUGUUGAGGUCGAAAUACCCCAAGAGCACAAUAUCGGCCUUUGGACGCCUUUCCCCAGUCAGCUUGAAUUAAUAGCAGCAAGGAUGGUUUCAGACUCAAGACCUCUAUACGACCGUCCCAUUGAUGCGAAUCGGAAGAUCAAGGUGGUGUGUCUGGGCGCUGGCUACUCUGGCAUUUUGACUGCUAUUCGGUUUCCCCAGCACAUUCCCAACCUCGAGCUUGUCAUCUACGAGAAGAAUGCAGAUAUAGGAGGGACGUGGUAUGAGAAUCGCGUGUGGUACGUUCCCGUAAAACAUUUUCGUCCGGCGUUGUUCAAGAACGGGCCUGCUGACGAUCCCUCAUGUACAGAUAUCCCAUCUCAUGUGUAUCAAUUCACCUUCGAGAGCAACCCAAACUGGUCCCGGUUCUACGCUACAGGAGGAGAAAUCCAAGAGUACUUGAAGGACGUGGCAUGGAAGUACGAUGUUGAAAAAUACGUCCGCUUCCGACACUACUUCCAACGAGCCGAAUGGGACGAGAGCAUCCAACAGUGGCGGAUUGAGGUGACCGACCUGAAUACCAACAAGACGGUUACUGAUACGUGUGAUGUUCUUCUGAAAGGCACUGGACUCCUCAACACAUGGAAAUGGCCGGACAUUCCGGGCCUUCACGACUUCACAGGGCCCUAUAUGCAUUCAGCCAACUGGGAUAGCAGCUUUGACUGGACUGACAAGCGCGUUGCACUCAUCGGGGCAGGGUCCAGCGGCAUCCAGAUUCUCCCAAACAUCCAGCCCAAGGCCAAACAGGUCGUGCAUUUCAUGAAAGGCAAAACGUGGAUCUCGCCUGUGGGCUAUGGGGCCGAAGAAGAAGGGGAGUCCGACGGAGUCGAGAUCUCCGAAGAGCAGCGCAAAGUCUUCAGAGAAAACCCAUCGAUCUAUCAAAAGUACCGACACCAGAUAGAAGGCGGCAUGAACAAGAGCCAGCUCGUGACAUUCCGCGACACAGACAUUCAGAAGCUAUUUUGGAAAAUGAGCGACGACUCGAUGAAGGAAAAACUCAAGAAGAAACCGUGGAUCUACGAAUCGAUGCGUCCGGACUACCCGCCGGGAUGUCGCAGACUGACUCCUGGCCCUGGGUACCUCGAAGCCCUGGUCGAAGACAACGUUGAAUUUGUCGGCACAGGAAUCCGCAAGGUCACAGAGACAGGCCUCGUAGAUGACAACGGCGACUUCCAUGAGGUCGACGCCAUUAUCUACGCCACUGGAUUUGACUACUCCUUCAACUCGGCCGCCACACCCAUUAUAGGUCGAGGCGGUACAACACUAGAAGAAGUCUGGACACCACAUCCAGAAGCAUAUCUUUCGUUAUGCGCCCCCAAGAUGCCCAACCUCUUCUUCUUCCUGGGCCCAAAUGGGGGUCCCGGCGCCGGAUCCUUCAUUGCCAUGCUCGAGAACGUGGUCGACUAUGUCAUUCAGUGUGUCCAAAAACUGCAGAGAGAAUACGUCGCUUCGAUGGAAGUUUCUGAGACCGCACAGAAAGCGUUCUCGGAGCAUGUGGAUCGGUACUUUGCCAAAACCAUAUUUACAUACAAGUGCAAAUCCUGGUUCAAGCGCAACAACGAAGACGGGCGCAUUGUCGGGCUCUGGCCUGGUUCGUCCGUCCACGCGCAGGAAGCACUUAAAAGUCCAAGAUUUGAAGACUUUCUAUUUGUUCAAAGGCCCGAAACUCAGCAAAACAUUUUGACCUGGCUCGGUAACGGGAUGACCACGGCCCAAGAGAACGAUGAGAAGACGACGGGAUAUCUUGAUACUGUGGAUGUUCCACCAGCUAUCAAUAAGGGUCCGCGACCUGGGAAGAAGGAUGCCAGCGUCAAGGGCCAUGAAGAUGGACUGUCUCCGCACGGAGAGACGGAGGUGAAAGUCGUGAGUGAACAUAUCGAAGAGUUGACGGCGGCCGUAGCAACUGUGCCGCUAUAA